CGAAAUCAUUUAGUACCUAUUCAUUUCUAUAAAAAAAAGUCAUCACAAUUACAAAAAACAUAGUAUUUUAAUAUUCUUUUUCAUCUACAGUAAUAUUCAACUCUCAUAGUCACACAGUACUCAAUAGUCUUGUGAACUCAGUAUUGUACUUCACAAAACUCCGGUAUGUUCUUGAAAAUUUCGACUUUAGAAGCGUUUUAUGUAUUUGAAGUCAAGUAACUAGACUGUACGUGCUCGUUGACGAAUAACAUUCACGAUGAAAAAACUGUUGUCGAAAAAAUUAUGUUUGUAUAUUGUACUGGCAUUCCUUGUGGUUUGCUUGUUUAAUAUCUUGACGUCCAAAAACGGUGACAACAAUUUCAUGCACUAUGAUGAAAUGUUCAAGACAUAUUACAAUUAUUCUAAAGAUAGUGAUUUGAACGGUCCAGAAGUAUCCAUGGAUGAUUCAAAUCUUGUAAAAAAAUUGCGAGAAAAUUUCCUUGUCAAACCUAUUAAAGAAAAUAAAGGUCAUCGAAAUCAUUAUAAUUUAGUUGAUAUGUCGUUAAUAGAUCCUUCAAUGGGACAAGCUGCUGAAAUAGCCAAGAUCAUUGAUUAUACAAAAGGAGGUUUUUUUAUUGAAUGCGGAGCUUUGGAUGGUGAAACAAGAUCUAAUACUUUAUACUUUGAACGUUAUUAUGGAUGGACGGGACUACUCAUAGAAGCAGAUCCUUUAAAUUUUGCGAAAAUGUUAAAAAAAGGACGAAGAGCAUAUUUAUCACCUUCUUGUCUUAGUAUUAAUCCUUAUCCUGAAAUUGUUUCUUUUCUUCAACGUAGUAAUAUGGGCCGAAUAGCAUAUGAUGACGUUGUAGAAGACUUAGUAGGACUAAAUGAUAUUGGGAAAAAGAAUUUACCAAUGGUUAAUGUACAAUGUUUUCCAUUCUAUACAUAUCUUUUAGCAUUAAACAUAACAGUAAUAGAUUAUUUCAGCUUAGAUGUUGAAGGAUCAGAAUUAAAUGUCUUAAAAACUAUUCCAUUUGAUAAGAUUGAUAUAAGAACUUUAUCAGUGGAAUUUUUCCAUGUAAAAGAAGGUGACGAUGGUAUAAGAACGUUCUUGGAAAAUAAAGGGUAUAUAGUUACUGGAAAAGUAACUAGGCAAGAUCGAUUAGCAAAUGAUUACAUAUUUGCAAAACCAUCUGUUCUAACACAAAAUCUAUCAUUUUAUGUAAACUAAUUAAAAUAUCUGCUAUUUAUGAAUGGACUAUGGACUGAAGUGCCUAAUGAUAUUUUUGGUUUUGAAAGUUAAGUAUUUUAUGUUUAUUCGAGAUAUGUUAUUUGUAAUUACAUUUUCAGAUUGUAUUAAUUAUUAGUUAUUAUAUUACUUAUGUUUUAACACGAGUCAUCUAUUUUGAUAUAUAGUUGUUAUGGCAUUUAAAAAUUCUAUUUAAUCAUUCAUGUAAAUUAUUACAAUUUUUUUUAGAUUUAAAUUAUCAUUUAAAUUAAAUUUUGUAAUUUUUGGGCAGGAUUUACCACCAAAGAAAUUUGAGGUUUUAAUUUAUUAUGACAAAGACAAAAUAAAUAAACAUUUUGUCAAGUAUCAUGAUUCUCAAAUCAUUUUUUUUUAUUAAAAAUUAUUUGUUGAGAUAAGAAAAUAGUAAGCCUUUAAUAAACUAUUUAUGUUUUAGUUGCCUUAACAAAAAUAUUUAUAUUUUAGUUGCUCCUAAACAAUUUUAUUUAUGAGUGUUAAAUAACUUAUUACUAUAAAUAUAAUGUUACUCGACUUUAUAGUACUUUUUAAGCAUAACUAAUAAUUAAAAAAAUAUGAAUUAUUUCAUUAUUUUUCGUUUUUCAAAAACUAGUAAAUUACUUACAAAAUUAUUUUUGUAUCUUUUUAAAAAAAAAAAAGUUAUUAUUUUAUAUUUAUAGAAUUUAACAUUACUAACUUGUGCAGAAGUGAAAAAAGUGUGUCCCAUACAGUCUGAAUAUCCUUUUGGUAACUGUUUUUCAAAUCUUAUUAUUAUUCUGUGAUAAAAUAAAAUUAUACAUUUAUCGUGGUUGAUUGAUAG